AUGGAUCCGGCCAACUGGAAAACACUUGACAGGAACAGCCAGAAUAAUCCAUCUUUACCACCUCCUAGGAAACAUGGAAACAUCAAGAAGAAUCAAAUGGAGGCAAGGAGGAGAAGCAGGAGUAGGAAGGAGGAUGGAGCUUUGAAAGCUUGCAGAGAGUGCCUGGAGGAGCUGGAAGAGGUUUGGGACCUGAUGUCACUCCUGCAAAGCCACCGGGGGAGGCUCCCGGACAAGGGCGGCUUUCAUCAGCUCUCUGGUCAAGAUCCCAGUGGCGAGAUGUGCAAAGCAGCACCUGCUGGAGCCCACCAGCCGUGCAGGCAAGAGGCUGCUCCCGCCACGUCUCCAACUCUUGUGACCAAGCGGCCUCUCCCUCGGGCCUCCAGCCUUUCCCCAGGCUCAGUGACCUCCUCAGUUUCCAUUCAUUCACGUCCAUCCCUGAGUGCCUCUCAGUCCCCAGAGCCCGUCCUUCCCCUGGACGGCCUUUCACCCCUGCCACUGGCUCCUUCCCCUUCCCCGCCAUGCGCCCCUGAGGCAGGGGCCUGCCCUCCACCUCCCACAGCCUCCUCUGCCCCACCUCCACCAGGCUCCAUGCUGAGCCUCACUCAGUGUGACUCCCUGGCACUCCCACUGGGCGCCAUCCCACCCACCUCGUCUCCAGGCUCCCCUUGGAGACCAGCCAUCUCAGGCCUUGUCCGUUCAAGCUGUCCCAUUUCAGCCCUGUCCUGGGGGCAGGUGGCUGCCAAAGCCUGGAGCCCCUCCACCUUGAUGCACCUUGAGUCUCAGCAAGAGCAACGUCCCCGCCACCCACCAGAGACGUCAUUUUUGAGAGACCCCACAAACAUGCAGGUAGAGGCUGGUCACUUAUCUUUUGUCAACCCGGAUAUCCGGAAGCUGCUGGAGAUAUUGAUCACCAAAAGAGUAGAACAGAAGAUUUGGAAGGAGAAAGAAAAGGGGGAGGAGUCAGGCUACCACUGGAAUUCUUUGGGGAAGGAGAUCAAGUCAGUGGGUGACAACCAGGCCACCUUGGGUCACCAACACUUCUGGAGCAUAAAUGGCAAACCAGAACAGCAGCUUGGUCCUGAGAAGCCCCCAGAUCCUGACACUUUGGGGGACCAUCUACAGAAGACAUGCAGCCAGCUCUUCUGGGGCCUCCCCUUUCUGCACAGUGAGUCUCUGGUGGCUACUGUCACAGUAGCUCAUUCCCCUCUAGAGUUAAACUCUGUCUUAUUCAAUGCAUGCUCUAAUGCCAAACCAUUCCAAAUUCAAGCUCAAGUACCUUCACAGCUAUCACUGGCCCAGUCCUUGACCCACCCUGUUGACCAGGCUCAAACUCAACUCUUGACUCAAACCAGGCCCCAAUGUCAACCACCACCUCAGGCCCACAUGGAGACCCAGGCCCGACACCAAUUGUUGACUCCAACAAAACUCCAAUAUCAACCACCACCUCGAGCCCACAUGGAGACCCAGGCCCGAUCCAAACCGUUGACUCUAACCAUAUCCCAAUGUCAGCCACCACCUUGGGCCCAGCUAGAGACCACUCCCCAUCUCACACUGUCUCUCCCAAUUCCAUCAUCUUCCUCCCAACCCCAGAUUAGGGACCCAAACUUGCAUUGUGAAUUAUAUUCCACAACAAUGCAAAAUAAGGCAGAAUCUUUCAUCCCAAAGGCAAUUCAAAACCUGGAAUGUAACUUUUUGAAAAAGAAACUAGAAAGCGGGAGAACUUUCCCUUCUUUGGUUAAAAAAUCUCACCAAGUCUUUAGCCAAGUCACUCCCAACUUUUCCCAGGAAAGCAGAUCUUUCCAGGCCCAGAGCUCUGUCUCUGUCCUUCCUGGGGAUUUGAUCAGCCUUGAGGUUCGGGAGAAAUUGGAGCACCACCUUUUGAAAAGGUUCAUGCAGCAACAGAGCGGCCUGCCCUGCAGAAUCCAAGCAUCUCAGAAUCUGAUGCAGCCUGAGGGUGAAUUCCCAAGACCUUGUCAGGCACAGGGCAAGAAGGGGUCCUCAAGGCCCUCUGCAGUUAUAGGCCAAAGCAGCCAGGACACACAGAAGAUGAGGUCCAGGUGCCCAGCAAGGAUCCCACCAGGGAAGGACCUGAGCCAGGAUAUAGGGCAGAGUGUGGGGAGGAUCCUAAAAGAUCUGCAUAUGACCUCAGCCAGGCCCCCAGCAAAGGUUCCAAAACUGAAGCCUGAGUCAGAAAGAGAGUUGGGCCCAGGCAGGAAGCAACCAGAAGAAGUCUCAGGAGUCCUUAGGGGCAGGAAGGCAGAGCAGAUCCGUGAGAGUCGGAUCCCUGUGGAUGUCCAUUGCUCAAGGCUUGCUGCCACCCAUGUCUUAGACCUUCCUGAAGAGUCACAAGCUCAUAAGGAAACAGAAAAUCCAGAAUCGUCUCAGGCUGGGGAAGCCUCCGUGGACACCUCCCAGGAGGCUCUUGUCCCCGGCCCUCAUAUUCAACAGGAGCUGGAAGCACAUAUUACACGGUUUCGGGUGAGGCACAGGUGGGGCCUUCCCCUCAAGGUCCUCAAGUUUCUACUCGGCUGGAAGUUAAAGAAGGCUCACCCCAUACGCCUUCCAGGGCCCACCUUGAGAGUCACCUGCGAAUCUGGGGACCACUCAAAAGCCCAGUUAACCGAGGUCUUGGGAAAACCUCCUCAGCCCCAUCCAGGAGAGAAAGUGACAACAGCAGAGGCAGUUCCCCCCCUGGAGACUCCCCUCCCAGCCCCCUCAUGGAUGAGUGAGGAAACCCAGGGGACCCUGGGACGGUCUCCACUUGGCGACAUCCGUAAACCCUCAGAGGCCCCUCUGACUGCACAGGAGGACAAGCCACCUUCUCAGACCCCCACAUACAAUUUUGUGGGCAGAAUCUGGCACAAUGAGUCUGUCGUGGGGGCUGACAAAGGCAGUCUGGAGCCCAGUCCACGUCCAGCAAUGGCCAGCAAUGAGCCACAGGAGGAGGCUGGGGAACGGGCCUCCCCAGACUCCUGCUCUAGCGUGACAGUAGUGGACCUUGACGCAUGGCCUCAAUUUUCCAGGGCCCAAGAGGCCAUGGAGGGGGACCCUCCUUCAAAAGACACUUUUGAAUCUAGUGCACUGAUCAAAUCCCAAAUCAUUAAUAUGGAUUUGAGGAGAUCACCAUCUCCAAGGUCCAAUAAAAGCCCCUUGUCAAAUAUAAAUCCUGUUGACACAAAUACAGAAGAUCUACUCUUUGAUGCACAGUUUCCUGAGCUUGAGUUCCAAGUGUUCAGAAACCAGCAGAAACAGGCUCAAAGCCGGGCCACCAGUGUGCUCCUUCAAGACUGUGAACCUGGUGUGCUCCUUCAAGACUGUGCCACUCACACGCUUCUCAAAGACAGUCACUCAGAUAUGUUCGUUGCCGCAGACAUCUUGGCUUCUCAGGAAUCUUGGUCCUGUUCCCCGACCUUGUCCAGUGGAGACACGUCCAUUUCCCAGAUAUUCUCUGAUCUUCCGUCUAGUAGAGGGAGCAGCCAGAGAGAGCGGGAGGCCCUGAGACAGCAGCCCCAAUACAAGAGCCAGAGCAAGAAGUUUGUCCUCAUGGACGGGAGAGAGAAUAAGAGGAGGCCCAAACUAGGACAGUGUAAAAGAGGGUUGGCAGAACUGUGGACCUACCAGGCAUGCGGGAUGAGCCACCCUGGCCAGAAAAAGGAAUCAGCAGAGUCCCUAAGAAGUAUGUCCCACCAGUUAAUCCCAAAGAAGGGGCAGCUUCCUUCAGAAAGCCACUUCAGAAAAAGGAUUAAGCACCUUCUGCAGUGGAUUUUCCCCAAUAAAGGCAAAGCACCAGAAGAGCCCCUGCAGAAAGGCAAGCCUGCAACAGCCACCGCCCAGAGCCAGGGGCCAGUCAAAAGCAGGUUGUUUAAGGACAGCGGGGCUGUGGAGGCUCAGGCUCUCAUGACAGCUGUUGGACAGAUCCUAGUGGAGAAGAUGGAGCUUCCCCGUGGACCUCAUGCCUUGGAGUUAAAUUGGUGCAAAGGGGAACUCCAGGCCCCGCCCAGAGGAAAGAAGUUAGGGGCUCGGUGGCUCAUGGUGGCCCCACCCCAGAGUCUCCCCAAUAUUCCAGUUUCUGGAACCCCGACAGAGGGAGGCCCCCUGGAGCUCCUCCACAGAGGGCCAGGCUCCCAGAGGCAGUGA